GCGGCAGUCUAUCGAUUCGUUGUGUGAUACUAGUUGUACGUACAGUGGAACCUGUUAUUUGGGCGGUUGUCAACAAAAUUUCGAAUUAAGUUAGGUGUUGGAUUUUAACAAUAAGUUUGGUAGUUAUAAUAUUUACAAACAAUGUCAGACGUCGAAGUUGAUGAUAGAGGAAACGAUCCAGACUAUGAACCAAAAGAAGAUGGAUAUGAAACAGUUAAUAUUGAGGACUUCAGGGCAGGUACGAGUGUAGAAAUGCAAUCCAUGCCUACUUUAACUGAAGAGGGUUACGUGCAAGCAAGGGAAAUUAAGACUUUAGAAAGGCCUGUGGUUUUUAAACGAAAGAAAAAUCGAAGAACCAGCCUGAUUUGGACAAAAUUCACAAUUGUAGAUAAGAGGGAAGAAAUUGCCUCUUGCAACAUCUGUCACCAAAGAUUGUCUAUGAAAAGUACUUCAAAUAAUUUGAAAAAACAUCUAGAAAGAAAGCAUGGUUUUUCAAUUAAACUUGGAGUUGUACCCAAGAAACCCAAGUACAUCACUCCCACUCCAAGGGCGCAAGUGUCGGAAUUGGCAGGAAUAUCAGACGAAGGAAUCACGGUAAAGGUGGUGGGAGAGAAUGGAGAAGAAGAACAUUUCCAGGUGAUUGGGGAACAAUAUCUCUCUGAAGAAAUAGUGCAAGGUGAAGAACGGCAGGAACAUGACUAUAGCACUAUGGAACUGACAGACCAAGAAACUGAGCCCCUGAGAGUUGGAAAAGUGAGGUCGCUGAAUGAAACUCGUUCAUCUCAGUCAAGGAAAGAAGUCUACGCACCUUCGAAAAAUUCCUUCCUUUCACAAAUGGACGAAAAGACUAAGCGGCAGAGGAUGCAAGAGCUACAGUUGGAGUGUUUGGAGAACAAGAAGUACAACAUGCAGCUAGAGGCUCUAUUGAUGGAACAGCAACUGAACCUACCUAGGUCAAUCUUCACACAACCACUGCGCUACGCAGACACACAAACCAGGAGUACGCAGACAGAUGUGGGUGGCAAUGAUACACGAGUGUAUUUCAUCUCGGACAGAAGGGGUGGCCGACCCUCCCAACAGCUGUUUGCUAUGGCCGAUAUGGAUGAUUAUUAGUACCGUACAAUUUUGUUACCUGCGUGGUUUUCUGCAUAUUAUGUUACAAUGGUACAAAGGAUGUUUUCUGUCUGUGUACAGGUUCAUUCAGUGUGCGUUGUGUACAUUUUGUCAGUAAAUGUUUUACUUUAU